CAUCUCGUCUGCCGGAAACGGACAGGCGGGGUUUAUGAACUUGGAGGGAACUUCAACACAAUAAACAAAGAAAGGAAAUCGAAGAUGAAAUGUGAAUUUAUCAAAAUUGCAAAACAUAAAUAAAUAAACGAAACCGAUCAAUCUCAAUUAAAUUGCAUCCGACGUGCACGAGGACUUGGGUUGCAUGCGUUUAGUUCGGUAGCUAAAGUAAAAGCUUUGAUGACCAGACGAAAUAUUGCAGAAGUACGCGAGUCAUGCAGCAUCGAAGCAAGACCAGUCUGGCAACACAGCUGUGCAAAGCUGUGAAUGACGGAGAACCAAGAACCGUGCAGAUUCUUCUCGCACAAGGAGCAAAUCCCAAUCUUGUCGGAAGUAAAGGUGUUGCUGCUGUGCAUUUGGCAGUUGGCAAAGAGACGGAGAAAAGUAUACGCUGCCUGAAGUUAAUUCUACAACAUGGGGCAGACCCCAACAUCCGGUCUUCAGAUGGCUUGACACCCCUGCACGUAGCAGCGUUAUGGGGUUGCUAUCAGAAUCUCAAACUGCUGUUAAAGAAUGGAGGGAACGCAAACUUAAAGGAUCAGGAAGGGAACAAACCAGGUGAUCUGGCACAACAACAGGACAACCGCAGAUGUGCCCACCUCCUUCAGGAGUACCAGUCUCAGUCCUUGGACACAGAGGAAGAAGAUCUGCCUCAAUUCCAAUACUCUGUUUACAAUAGCCAAGGUGACGCGUCAAGCUACACUGACUCCGAAGACUGCAGUGUUUUCUCUCACAGCAUGUCCUUGCUGAGUGACUUCGGGGAGGGUCCACUGAGUAGCACACGUCAGACCUCGUUCUUUGAACUGUCUGCUAUUAGCAACAGGCACAGUUGGAGAAGAGGAUCCCAUUCAGGGGCGUCCAACUGUAAAUCUAACCCUGAGGUGCGCCACACCAACGAGUGGGACACGGACUCUGACUGGGAGCCUCCAUCAAUGUUAUCCAGCACUCGUAUGUCCGUCGCAGGUCCCAGAGCCGCACUUCCUGUACUUCGGGAGGACGUACCACUCGCUGACUGCAGUGCGCUGCAUCCGUCUGUAAACGGGAACAGACUCUCUCCUCCUCCGGUGGACCUUCUCCCUCCUUGCUUUGCACGACGCACGAGCCGCAAGAGUGUGAGCUUCAGAGAGGAAGCGGACGAAUACUUCCCCGUUUUUAGUUCAGAAUCCCCGAGGCGGGAGCCAGGGAGUCAGGGUACUGCCUACUCUAAAGACUAUACUCUCGACUUCUCAGAAUACUCCGAGUUCCUGGAUCCAGAGCGCAUGGCCACCGUCCUACAUCACCAGGGGAUCGAUGUCACCUCCCCUGAACAUGUGUUUGUAUUCUCCAAGGAUAAUAAUGAGUGCACUGAGAUCGACAUGGAAAAAACAUUUGUUGGGCACUUCCCGUUUGAGGAAGAGGACGGAGAAGUCGUUGAGAAUCAGGUAGAAGAAGUGAAGGUCCCUGAACGAGCAUUAUGUGGCCCUGCUGGCAGCAGCAGUAGCAGCGGAGCUAGUAGGUACAGCAGCUGUGAUAGUGACCACUACAUUACGACCCUGGAGGCGUCCCCCAGGCGGGUCUCACCCUCUGAAGAGGAGCGUAAAGUGAAAAGCAGAGGUGUUGAAGACGACAAACACACACAAAAUCCUAUGACCACUAACAAUGUAGAUACUGAUGAAACUCCCAACAGCUCAGAGAGGUCAAAACCAGCCAUGGUAGAACUACCAGCCAUGGUAGAUAACCUUACAUUGACUGACAAAAUAUCUCCAAGCAAAGGUCCAGGUUGUGAAAAAAUAUUUCCAGAUGCUGUCUUAGCGGGUAAUGUUGAAGAGUUGUCAACAAGACCGACUGAAUGCACUCCCAGACCUGGACCUGGUUCUACUCCAGCAUUGGAGGAGGACCUGCCUCUGACCCCAAGUCCCUUUGUCACUGGUAGGACGCACUCGCGGCUGAGUCGCUGCUCGGUAAUUAGCGGCAAGACCCCCGAAAGCCUCCUCUCCACCUCCUCGCUGUUUGAGCAGACCUUGCCUACGCCGACACGCACACGCCGCCAAAACAUCAAGUCGCGAGGCAGCGAUAACGUCUUUUACGACACGCCAUGCGGGCGUAGUCGCACCCCAGUCUUUUCUGGAAACGGGACAGGUAGUACUUCUGGGGACUCAUUUGUCAUCUAUGAGAGCCAAGAGCCUCAAUCUAGCACUCUCAGAGCCGACAGAGGUCAAGGGUCAUAUGUCAGUGCCAGCCAAGCGGACACCCUCAUCAUCGCCAAGGACGACAGAGGUCAGGGUUCUUGUGUUAGUUCCAGCCAAGCAGACACCCUCAUCAUCGCCGAGGACGACAGAGGUCAGGGUUCUUGUGUUAGUUCCAGCCAAGCAGACACCCUCAUCAUCGCCGAGGACGACAGAGGUCAGGGAUCUUGUGUUAGUGCCAGCCAAGCGGACACCCUCAUCUCUAAAACCAUGGCUGACACAGUCAUCGUAACUCCAAGUUUAGCUGACAAAUUAUCUUUACUGGAUAAUUACUUUACUUUAAAAAAUCCUCACAAAGAGACUUUACCCACUUAUCUGAGAAAAGACGUUCUUGAAAGUUGUGAAUUUCUAACCGACGAUUUGUCCAGCUCCAGUGAUGCAGUGACCAAGGAGGGGACAGUUGGUAGCUUUGGGCCAAGAGUGGAGGAAUCCUGGACCACAGAGGAGGCCGACUCAAGCUCAUCUUUGUCAAGUUCCCAGACUCCAUCUUCAUCCAGCUCCAGUUACUUCUCUCCAAAAAGAGAUCAGCCCCCCUCAACCCCAGGCACUACCCCGCGCUACAGCAUGAGUCGACUCUCCCACUUCCACAAGCCCCAGCGGCUGGCCAACCUCUCCUACACCCCAGGCGGACGUCCUCAAAUACCAGACCUGGAGGAACCGGUGGAGUACCUCUACACGGACACGGAGCAGGGUCACGAACUGAUCGAGACCCACGUCCCACCUGCGGCCAACACCUCGCUCAGCUCCAGCAUGAGCACGUCCAGUGGCGAGGACACAGUGCUGUACGACUGGCGCUCCCUGCAGGGUGGUGGAGGAACGGUGGCCAAAGGGAAGGAGAACCAGGAGCCCGUGGUGGCUCAGGAGUGGUCAGAGACCAAAUGCCUGACGGACAAGGAGCUGAGACGCAGGCUUGUGGAGAUGGGAGAGAGUCCGGGACCCAUAAGUCAUCGUACCCGGCCAGUGUACAUGAAGAGGCUCAGGCGGCUGUUGCUGGAGCCGGACACUCAACAACAACUGCCGGACCAACCCCAAGGUCCUGCGCAGGGACACAGUCCAGAGCUGUGUGUGGCCCUGCGGACGUUGGUGCUGCCCGACUGCCAGGAGGACGAGCUGGCGCUGUGCCAGCAGUUUGACCAACCAGACCAGAACAGGAAGUGGCGGGAGGGUGUCAUCAAGUCCAGCUUCAACUACCUGCUACUGGACCCCAGAGUAACAAAGAACCUGCCGUAUCGGAGUCAUUCCAUGAGCCCUGUGGAUUGUUUUCAGACUUUCAUCAGCGCUAUAUUCUACGUGGGCAAAGGCAAACGCUCCCGACCCUACAGCCAUCUGUACGAGGCUCUAGACUACCACCGAGGAGAUAAGACUUCUAAGAAACUGUGCUCCAAGGUGCAGCACAUCCUCCAGGUUUGGAAGGCUGAGCAGGGGGUGAUCUCUCUGCACUGCUUCCAGAACGUCAUCCCCGUGGAGGCCUACACGCGUGAGGCCGUCAUGGUGGAUGCCAUUGGCUUGAAGAUGUUGACCAACCAGAAGCGAGGGGACUACUACGGGGUGGUGUCCACGUGGCAGUUGAAGAGGAAGAGGGAGCUGGGGGUGCACCUGCUCUACAGGGCCAUGCAGAUCUUCCUGGCUGAGGGAGAGAGGCAGCUCAGACCUCCUGAUAUCAGGGUGGGACAGUAGUGCCCCCCAGUGGGUAGAGUUGGGUACUGCACCAACAGAAAAUGAAAGCAUUUAUUGAACAAGGUGUUGACUAGUUUAAUCCAUUCAGACGAAACUUGGGCUUAAAGGUCCAUUGCAGCUGUUUUUAUCUCAAUAUCAAAUAAUUUCUGAGUAAUAAUUAAGUACCUUUAUUAUGAUUUGUUUUCAAUUACAUUUUUUUUUAAAGUAACAAAAAUAACUUCUUAGACAGAGCAAUUUCUCAAGCAAGAAUGUUGAUGGGACUGUCUAGGAGUGGUCUGAGUGGGGAGAGGAACAUUGAAAAUGGACAAAUUUACAGCCUGUUGAUGUUACCGGGCAGGUCAAAACUCCAUCCCAACAAAACAGGCUGACAGCUCUUACACUAAAAGGGCAUUAUAAUUUUCACAAUAUUAUUUCAAGCUCAUAGUGUGGGAAGUUAAUAAAACACAGGGAAACCACAUUUUUGACUGUACUGGGCCUUUUAAAGUGUAAAUGUUUUACUUAUUGAUGUAGAAGAGAUUGGCUUGUUGGAACACGGGACCAAGAUAUAGGUUAUUUUUCUAUACAUUUUUUGUGUCCAUGUCAUACCUAGGCUCAACCAGAUUCACCUUGGAGCUCAAAUGGUUGUCAUUUCACCUUUCUGUCCAUUCUCCAAUCUCCUCGCCUCCUCUAAUCCCAUCUCCUCGCCUCCUUCUCUACUCCCAUCACCUCGCCUCCUUCUCAACCUCAUUGGAAGAGAAAUUCCAAGGUCCCUCCUGUCAGACCUUCUUCUCAACCUCAUUGGAAGAGAAGUACCAAGGUCCCUCCUGUCGGUCCUUCUUCUCAACCUCAUUGGAAGAGAAGUACCAAGGUCCCUCCUGUCGGUCCUUCUUCUCAACCUCAUUGGAAGAGAAGUACCAAGGUCCCUCCCGAAGGACCUUCUUCUCAACCUCAUUGGAAGAGAAGUACCAAGGUCCCUCCCGUCGGACCUUCUUCUCAACCUCAUUGGAAGAGAAGUACCAAGGUCCCUCCUGUCGGUCCUUCUUCUCAACCUCAUUGGAAGAGAAGUACCAAGGUCCCUCCCGAAGGACCUUCUUCUCAACCUCAUUGGAAGAGAAGUACCAAGGUCCCUCCCGAAGGACCUUCUUCUCAACCUCAUUGGAAGAGAAGUACCAAGGUCCCUCCCGAAGGACCUUCUUCUCAACCUCAUUGGAAGAGAAGUACCAAGGUCCCUCCCGAAGGACCUUCUUCUCAACCUCAUUGGAAGAGAAGUACCAAGGUCCCUCCCGAAGGACCUUCUUCUCAACCUUAUUGGAAGAGAAGUACCAAGGUCCCGCCUGUCAGACCUUCUUCUCAACCUCAUUGGAAGAGAAGUACCAAGGUCCCUCCCGAAGGACCUUCUUCUCAACCUCAUUGGAAGAGAAGUACCAAGGUCCCUCCCGAAGGACCUUCUUCUCAACCUCAUUGGAAGAGAAGUACCAAGGUCCCUCCCGAAGGACCUUCUUCUCAACCUCAUUGGAAGAGAAGUACCAAGGUCCCUCCUGUCAGACCUUCUCAACCUCAUUGGAAGAGAAGUACCAAGGUCCCUCCUGUUAGACCUUCUUCUCAACCUCAUUGGAAGAGAAGUACCAAGGUCCCUCCCGAAGGACCUUCUUCUCCAAUACGUUUUUAGAAGGAGCCGAAGAGAAAGGUGAUGAAUUGAGAAAGAGACAGAAUGAGUCAUUGGAAGAAAGAGUGAUAUUGAAAGCUUGUUCACUUACCUUAGCAUCAGUUAAAUAUGAACGUCCAUUAAAUAUCAUGCAAAUACAUUGUAUUUCUUUAGCAGGAAAACCAUUAGGCUUGUAUUGUUAGUAGUAUGAUCAUUAUGUAUGUAUUUGUAGGUAAAGUCUACCACCAGAAUGAAAGCACUGAAGGAAAAAUAAUUGUGUCACAACCAAUGUAUGUCUAUGGUCAAAACACUGGGUGGAAGGAAAAACCUAUUUACACACGUUUUGAGGAUUUCCUUAUUUACCUCGGUCAAAUCAAUUACAGAUUAACUUGAUUUAACUAUUUCCCCCUUUUAACAAGUGAUAUGAUAAAUGCAUAGUUAAAAUGAAGUUACCAAACAAAUGUCAAUAUCAUUAGCUAUAUGCCUAUGCUGGUUGUGCUAUGUCAAACUGGCAAAAGUUUACAUGUUGGAAUCAUCUCAUCCACAGAAUCUUUCAACUGUCUUAUAGACUAUUUCAUCAAUGUAGCAUUAUUUUUCUUUGUUGUAUGUUAGGAUGUUCUUAUAAAAACAAAAAUAGCGAAGUAAUUGACUUGUUUGGCACCUGUCAUUUCAGUUUACCCUGACAUUUCACUGUAACAGCAUUUGGCCCAGACCUGAACAAUAAACUGUAAACGGUG